CAUCGACCAAGGAACAUACGUGAUCUUUGGGUCUGCAGCAAAUCUACUAUAACAUUUAUUAGUCAUGGAGGAAACAGAUAGAGAUCAGAAGAAAAAGAGUAUUAUCCCUCAGCUACCAAGCUGUUUCAUGUCGCCAGAAACGCCGGGCAAUCUUCUACGUGAUCGCCUGACUCCUUGCUUCGACUCGCCAUCGUCAAUUUUCCCCACUCCACCUUGUUCGCAAGAAAAGGAAUCGAUCUCUCAUUUUCAUUCGUUAGCCCUUGAUGAAUUUCCUAGGCUUAAUUUUGAGCUUGAUGAGAGCGAUCAGGAGAAAUCCAUGCAGCAAAGCCUUCAUCGGUCACCUUUGAUGCCAGAAGACCGUGUUAUCGGAAGGCUGAUUGGAAUAAAAAGCGUGGAUUUCAUCUCCGAUCUUCUAGCAGUAAACGGCAAUAAGAUUUGCCAGAGAAUCUGCAGCUAUCUGGAACCUCUUGAGCUAUGCAGAUUCGCCUCCGUGAGUCGAACAUGGAGGAAUGUUGUGAAAGGAGACACAAAAACGAGUCAGAGGUGGAAAGGAUUCCUCAGAGAUUGUAAGGACCAUUGUGCUCUCAAGGGAAAGGAGAAUUAUGGUGUGCCUACUUCUCAGAGGUCAUCUUCUAAUAAUCUUAAAGGAUUUUCAUUAAAAAGUGUCGACAUCAAUAAACCUGAGAAAAAGAUCUCUAAACUACCUGCACUUGACAACCAAACUACAACCCCAAUUUGUUCCCAUCCAGCAUCACAACAGACACUUGAACUGAGACCUUGUCCAAAAUGCGUCUCACCUUCAUAUCUGUCACAAACACAAGGUCACUGUCAGUGUCAGAAAUGUGGACUAAGAUUCUGUUCAGUUUGUCUAAGAGAAUCUCAUCAUCAUCAUCAAGGUGAAAGCCCAUGUGACGGACUACCUAAAGACAGUGGAAUGGCUCUAAGACUCAGAUCUAGAAAACUCAACAAUGACAGUAUUGGAAGUAAGAAAACUAAAGAUAGAGUUCGACGGCUUUGACACACAUUUUAGCAUACAUUUUGUAAAUUUAUGCUGUAGGCUUGUUAGGAUAAUUUUAAAUAGGUAGUUUUAUACAAAUUUUUAUAGAGUUGUGCAUAUAUCUACUUAAGAUUUUAGUUAGUAAAUUUUUAUAAUUGACAGUCUUUCAUGUCUUUUUGCCAAUACAAAAACAUGUUGAGUAUUGAUUUUAGUCAAAUUUUGUGUAAACAUGUUAUAAAACUGACUUUACUCAUUUCCUUCUACUAAGAAAAUUAAUUGAAAUAACCAUGUUCUAUCUUUUUUAAUGGGCAAGUAAAUGCAAUAAUACAGUUAGAAAUAUCUCUUAUGGUCUUGAAGUCUCACUUCUUCUUCAUGCCUGGCAAGAUGGUUCCAACAUUCUCCAUAAUCUUUACUAACUUCAAGGAGUGCCUGGAA